AUGUCAGAACUCCAACGCCCGCGUGUUUUUUGGCGUGAUUUUUACUACGUAGAUUUGCCGGACGGCAAGAGAUGCUGGUGGAGCGCGCUUCUACGCCUUGCCAGUACAAGAAGAAGUAGAGAGGGUAGUACGACGGAAGCCACGGAAGAAAUAAGCGAAUCGAUCAUGUUGAAGAUUGCGGAGCGGUACUGGUGCGCGAACCGCCGUGGUUUUCUUGUCUUCAACUUUCUAAGCUGUCUGUUCUUCCACUUGUCACUGCGAGAACACUGCGCGACUUUCACCUUGACUUCCGCGGCAACAGCGCCACUGCUUCCGGAUAGAAACAUAGGAAGCCACCAGGACGUCGCUUUCCACCCAGCUCCAGGCCGGCGCGGAACGGCCCCCCCUACAAUCUCGAAAUCGUGGCGGAGAUUCUUUCUUCGGCCGUUCCAGUGCGCGCGUCGCAAUGGAGGCCAGUCUGGAGCAAGUGGGGAGACAGUAGCCCGCGCGGAUGGAACACCCUCGGAGGACGAACAACGCAAAACCGAAAGGGCCUCAGAAGCUCUUCUGCAGCGACACGCAGCUGAGGAUUGGAUCGCACGAGCGGAAACCGCUCUUGCCGAAAAUCGUGGUUUUGAGUGGACCGGCAGUGUGUACUCGAAAAACAGCCUGCCAGCGGACUUCUGGACGCGAAUAGCGGGAGGUGGUGGUUGGGCGGUGGAAGACGAAAACCUUACUGUUGUAGACCACGCGCCGCCGUGUUCGAGUUUAUUUCCGACGCACGACAAUGCUGACGACGUCAUCCUUCGUCGAAGCAUUCUGUGUGACAAGCGUCGUUCUUCCCGAAGCAGGCACUUGGGUGGAGAACAAGUUGAACCGCAAGAGGACUCGACGUCCAGCAGACCGAUGCCGCCGCCGCCAAUGCAGAAGAUGCGGAGAGUAGAUAACAGACAGGACCAAGUUCAGGAGACAGAAGUGCAGCCAGUCCACCGUAUUGUGGCAGGAGACUACUGCUCUCGCCUGCAGGUAACGAACACGAUCUACCACAACAGCUGCAAGCGGGCCGCCCCUGCGGAGACCAUUGGCACACGAACUCGUUUUGUUGAUGCCCCGAGGAAGGAAGUUCUAAACCUGUUGCAAAGUAGACGAAGCAUAGAAACUGACAAGAAUAAUUCAUCUCAUGACCAUGUUGAUCUGGUGGAUUUCUACGGAAGCACGGCAAGCGGAAAAAUGGCUCAACAUUUCCGUCCACUACAGAAUGGCUUCCUGCGGGUAGUGACGGGCAACGUAAAAAAGCUGUAUGGCGGAGUCCUGCCCACGUACACCGACUUCGAGGAUCGCCAUGCGCUCGUGCGCGGCGCGGAAAACGGCAGUCGCAAAUUGGUGGAACUACGAUCGUACCUCGACGUCCGAGUCCUCGGCUGCAGCUUGUUUCCCGGCGCCGCGUCGACGCCAAAGAGUUGCAAGAAAGGAAGCGUCGUCCCCUCGACGACAAAGUCUGCCACUUCUGCGUCGUCCAGUUGUUCUACUGUUCCUAAUUUUGGUUGUUCUACAUCUCCCGGCUCGACGACCCCGGGCUCGACUCCCGGCUCGUCGGUAGACAUGAGCUGCACAUCUGACUCUGCUUUUUGUGCCCCUUCAUUCGGUGGUGGAGAGGAACCACAGCACUGCGUCGGCUCUCCCAGCGUAGCGGGGAAAGAAAAUCCUCACCCAAACCUCGACGCCGGCAGUGUUCCUGAAUUUGUCGGCGCAGACUUUUUGGAACCUCCAAAGCACGCCGCGUGGCGCUCUUUGCGAAUCUACGAGAACAGCGGCGUGGGAGUGCAACAGCCGGAGGAACCUCUGGGUCUCGGCCGCCAGCAACCACAUCUGCGCCGCCGACCCCCGGUGACACGGGUUUGGAUCCGCUAUCUUGUGUUCUGGGAGCCGACGGACACCGGAAUUCCGAAGGCACUGCACGCACUGGCGCAAGACGCGGAGCAGCUGGAAUUCGAAGCGCUGCAAAGCCACGUGGCGGCCGAAGUGGGGAGAGCGGCCUCCGCGGAGCAGCAUUUGCGCUCAGGAGCGCAGGAGAAGUUGAAAGGUACAGGAACAUCUUCACUUCCGCCCAAAUCGGGCACCGGCUCCGACAGACUCAUGCUUCCAGAAGGCUGGAAGAAAGAUGAUCUUCCGCCACCAGAUUCCGCGUUUUGGUUUUCCACAGGCAGCAGUGUUCCGCCAGAUCAUAAUUCCGCCGCUGAUUUAGGCCGGAAGAAAGUGGAGUGGUAUCUCUUCCACGCGAAGCUGGACACGCCGUCGGGGAAGGGCCGCCGGGGCAGCACCUCCAGCAGCAAGCACAGCCUGUCCUACCCGGAGCGCGUAGACUUCCGGAAUGGGGUGCGGUGGCAGGCGGUUUUUGACCUGUCAAAGAUGUCCGCAGAACAAGUUGCGCAGGACUUGCAGACUUUGGUAAGUCCUCUCCUCAGCGGGCAGCAAGAAGGAGAGGAUGAUUACAUCUACAAAAGAAAAACACACGAGCUUCUGCAUUCGCAAACCGCGAAGUUGAAAUCGCCUUUGUGGUUGCUGGGGCGGAGCACGUUGAUCAGUUCGGAAGUUGUGUCCUCCACCCCGGAGCAGCGGCACGUGCGCGGCCGCGGACGUGCGCCGGUGGACUUUAAGGGCUUGCCGCCGGUGGAAGCAGAGUUCGAGGACCUCCACCGGUACGGCGCGAAGGAGCAUCAGUUUCUUCCCUACUCGGUGUCGCGCUACAACCCCUGGGUGCAGCCCACGAUGGGGGCUCCGAAAGACAUGUCUGGGCUCUGGACCGUGCGUAAGUCUCUGACAUGGAAGGACGAGCCGCGGCGCUUCGUCGAGUUUUCCUACGAAAUGAUUUGGGCUGAGCACGAGGACGGCCGGCCGGGCUGGCGCAUGGACGACCGCAUGAGCGCCUUCGUCAAGUUCGCUCUGAAGCCUCCCACGGAACUGGGGCACCGGAAGGAGUUUGAGGCGAUAAAGAAGCAGUUGCAGGAGCAAGCUCACUGGACGGAAGUCGUAACCGAAGAAGGCGGGAGGAAGGGAGGGACAUAG